CUCGAUGUUCAUCCGGACGCGUAAACCAUCGGGUCAAGUGUUCUAUCUGGGUUCCGAUCCGGAUAAGCAGAGCAACGGGCUGGCAACCACCAGCAACAAUAACCAAUCACCGAGCGAUGAUUCGUAUGUGGCUGCUUUCCUAUCCAAGGGAGAGCUACUGGUCCGUAUGAUCUUCAACGAUACCCCCGAGGGCUACACGGUCGGAGGAAACAAGCUGGACAAUGGGUACCUGCACCUGAUCGAAGUGAUCCGCAACUCGACGCUCAUUCAGGUGAAGCUCAAUGGGACAGAGUACUUCCGCAAAACGCUUUCCACCUCUGGGCAGUUGAACGCACAAGUCCUGUACCUUGGUGGACCACCGCCACAUGCCGAUUCGAUCAACAGUCUGUACAAGGACGAUUCGGAGAAGCAUCACUUUAAGGGUAUCAUCCAGGAUGUGCAGGUGUCGAACGGUUCACAUGCGAUGAUCGUCGAGCUGUAUCCGCUGAACGAGGAGGGGCUCGAGCUACCGCCACCGUUCGGUCAGGUGACGAUCGAUCGGAACUCCGUGCUGGAGGGUAUCGUCUCGGAUGAUCUGUGCCGCAGUCAACCGUGCUUCCACGAUGCUUACUGUGAAAACACCUGGAACGACUUCAUAUGUACGUGUCCACGCGGCUACAAGGGCAAGUACUGUCAGGAUAUCCAGUUCUGUGAGCUACAAAAGUGUCCGAUGAACGCCACCUGCCAGAACCUGGACGCCGGGUACGAGUGUAUCUCGAACAUGACGUUCCACGAUGAUAAGGAACCGUUGGUUUACUCGUUCGAUGAUGCCGCACGGAAGGAUAUCAACAUGGACCGGAUCGAGAUCUCGUACCGCACCAAGUUCGGUGGUACGCUGCUGUAUGUGCACGAUGGCGAUAUGUACUUUGAGAUCUCUACGAUCCGGCAGCUGGUGACGAUCUCCUGGUUACUGUCGGGUGAUCUGCCCGAGACGCAUCGCUUCCAGUACGACACGGAGGAGGAUGAUGAUAGUUACGAUUGGCACACGGUACUGGUGCAAGUUAGCCAGAACGGGAAGCUGGAGGCCGGUUGGAAGGGCUGGGAGACCGCUAUCGAUCCGCAGCCGAGCCUGUCGCUCGAUAUCGACUACUUCGCCUACCGGCAUCUGUUCUCGGGCCGACAGCAGAUCUAUCUCGGUGGUAUGCCCGAGCUGGCCCACAUCGAAAACAACUCGGUCGUAAGCGGUGGCACCGAUAAGGGCUCCUCGUUCAAGGGUUGCCUCGGUGAGACGCGAGUCGGUGGUUUCCUGUUGCCCUACUUCCCCCACGAUGUCAUCUAUCCGGAUACGUUCAACUUCAGCGAGGCACACUUUACCCUGAACUCGAGCCAACCGGAACAGGGCUGCAUUCUGUGCUUCCAGCAAUCGUGCAAAAAUGGUGGCGUGUGUAGCGAUCCCUCGGAGCGGUACGCUUGCGAGUGUCCGGCCGGUUACGAGAGUGACGAUUGCUCGCAGAACAUCGACGAGUGUCUGGCGGCGAACUGCACAAACGGUGCCACCUGUAUCGAUGGUGUGGCCAGCUUCACCUGCCAGUGCGUGGAAGGGUACGAGGGGCAGCUGUGCGAGAUCGAAAUCAACGAAUGUGCCUCGAACCCGUGCCACAAUGGUGGUACGUGUAUGGAUCUGCUGGCCGGAUUUGCGUGUACCUGCACGGAAGAGUACGCGGGACCGCAGUGCGACGUUUUCCGGUUGGUGACGUGCGAAAAUGCACCCUGCAGCAAUGGCUCCCGGUGUAUCGAUGGCUACAACAUGACGACUGGUAACAACUUUACCUGUUCCUGUGCACCAGGAUUCGCUGGACCGCUGUGCGAUACUCCGUUCUGCCGGCUGGAACUGUGCCAAAAUGGUGGUUACUGUGAGAUGGAGGCUAUGAUCCCCUACUGUAACUGCCUUCCGGGGUACGUCGGUACAUUCUGUGAGACGGAGCUGAACGAGUGUGAAUCCGUGCCCUGUCUCAACGGUGGCCAGUGCAUCGAUUUCAUCAACGAGUACCGCUGCAACUGCACUGGGACGGGCUUCGAUGGGAAGAACUGCGAGCACGACAUCAACGAGUGUAUGCAGGAGCGGAUAAGCUGUGGCGGCCGGGGUGUUUGCAUCAACACGGAAGGAUCGUUCAGAUGUCGGUGCGAUGAAGGCAUGUGUGGCAAGGACUGCGCCCAGUUCGAUCCGUGCCAGCAGAAUCCGAACGUUUGCCUGAACGGUGGUGUCUGCGUGGAGGAUUGCGAUCGGGAGCGAAGGUACUACUGCAACUGUACCGCCGGAUUUACGGGUUUCAACUGCUCCGAGCAGGCAACCCUUGAGGCGGAGGAAACAUCCGGUGCCGACAUCGCGCUGAUCGUGGUGCCCGUCGUGAUCGGUAUUCUCACGAUAGCCGGUGCGCUGAUUGGCACAUUCCUGGUGAUGGCACGCAAUAAGCGAGCAACCCGUGGUACCUACAGUCCGAGUGCGCAAGAGUACUGCAACCCACGGCUGGAGAUGGACAACGUGCUCAAGCCUCCUCCUGAGGAGCGACUGAUUUAAGGGGUGGCGACCGAAAGGGAUCCCCGUUGUUAUGAGUGCUCCUCCAUCAACACCCUUCCACCGUUCCGUCCAGAUGUAUCUCCGGAGUGUGUGUUUUUGAAGGUUUCGGUUUCGCAGGAACCGGCGAACCAAAUCCAUUCCAUUAGCUAGCUAGAUAUAGAAAGGGGGCAUAGAAUCACACAGCCAAACAGAAAUCCUCACACAUCACAUGAUGCUCGCAAAAGAAAGGAGUAGAACGAAGAACCCCUCUUUGCUCCGACACUGAUAUCGUUGCACUGGGUGCGGAGAUGAAUUGUAAAAAGUUAGUUUAAGACAGAUCGCAGCGAGAUAAACGGUCCCUACCGGAUGCGGGAGGUUGAUGCGACAAGUCGGCCGUUUUGAUGGUUCUUCUUCUUGUAUGUUUGGGCUUUUUUUUAGAAAACAAAAUGGAACACGUCCAUUAUCAAUCAUAAGAGAGACAAAUAAUUGUGAUAUCCGGUACCGAUCAGACCAGAAGAUACACAGGUCACUUCACGUACGCCCUGUGUACGUUGUGCUUAACGAAGGAGCUCAACCCAAUCCGAGCGAGCGAGCGAGCGAGCGAAACGAUAAGCAUAGCGUGCGUGGAAGAAAUUGGACAGAGACUGACUGGCGAUACCGUUCGUCAGAUCGUGCAAAUCCGUGCCUUCAGUGCCACGCGCCUCAAAAACAAAGAGCCUAGCCGCUCAGCUGUAGGACAGUAGAAGAUGAUACCACUUAAGGGGUAGAAACGAUCCGCCCACUCCGCAGUAGGCAUUGGCUUGGUCGAGACGAUCGGUCCACACAUAAUCAGGAUGCUCAGGACGAAAUGAAAAGCUAGAUUAAUUGUUUUAACCUCCAUUUGCAUUCCUGCUUGCAACGGGAUGUGCGGUAUGGAACCAUGUAUAAUCGGAUGCACUAGAUAGGAAGGUAGUAACGACGCGCGACGAGAAUCGAAAGUCGUUCUAAACCGAAAAGCCCAAAACGAUACACGGCGCACAAUGCCGGAAAAUAUUUUGUAAAUUGAACAGAUUCCAAUCUUGCAGAAUAGGUGCCCAUGUCAAGAAAUCCGAUAAAGAGACCCAGAGACCAAGCAGAAGUGCGGUGUUCCUGUUGACCUAAGACCAUUACAACAGUCCUCGACAACCCGAUCUGCAGAUCGCACUUCUGUUUAUUCUCAAAUGCCAGAACCAGGUCAUUCAGGUUAUCAUAGAGAAUGCAUAUGGGAUUUCUUCUACUACACCGUAAUGCAACUAUGGACAGAGCUAAGCAACGGAAACAAGUAGAUAAUAACUUAGUAAUAAAUGAUAGCUAGAUGGUAUAGUGAAGAACGAACCGAUAACACUAGCCACUGGCGACUGAUAGUGAAAGAGUCGCAACAAAAGAUAAUAAAUGACACGAUCGAUUGAUUGCGCAAACGAGCAAUCUUUUCGAUCGAACGAAACAUAAAUUAAGUCUUCAUUAGACCACAUUCCACUAUUCAUCCGUAAUU